CUCUGAAAAUCCAAUCAAAAAGAAAGCUGUAAAGAAAUGUUUGGUUAAUUGUGUCGUAGCUGUUAGAAUUUUAUAAAAUAUGUUUUAUGCUCAUUUAAUUUUGGCCAAAAAGGGGCCAUUGGCCCGUGUAUGGUUAGCUGCCCAUUGGGAUAAGAAAAUUACAAAGGCGCAUGUGUUUGAGACGAAUAUUGAGAAAUCUGUGGAAGGCAUAAUGCAACCGAAAGUAAAAUUGGCGCUUCGCACAUCGGGGCAUCUGCUGUUGGGCGUCGUUAGGAUUUAUUCGAGGAAAGCCAAAUAUUUAUUAGCCGAUUGUAAUGAAGCGUUUGUUAAGAUCAAAAUGGCUUUUAGGCCGGGAAUGGUUGAUUUACCCGAAGGUCAUAGGGAAGCUAAUGUGAAUGCGAUCACUCUACCAGAAGUUUUUCAUGAUUUCGACACAGCGUUGCCCGAGUUGAACGAUAUUGACAUUGAAGCACAAUUUGCAAUAAACCAAUCGAGAGCGGAUGAGAUCACUAUGCGCGAAGAUUAUGGAGGCAGUUUGUCGCUUUCAAUCCAUGAUGACGGUUUUGGUGAUAUGGGAUUUGAAGGUGAUACUCCUGAUUUGAUUCGAGGACCGAUUGAUGCCAAUAUAGAUGAUCAAUUAUUUGGAGAUGGUGGAAUAGCUAAUGUAACUUUGGCAGAUGAACCGAAGAUUACGUUGAACGACUCGGAUUUAGCUAACUCCCGUUUAGAUGGGGACGGUUUUGGUGAUGAAUUUGGUCAGCCCGAACUUUUUGAAGAUGACUUAUUUGCUGAACCUCGCCUGGAUACCAGUGACAAUAAUCUGAAAGCAGCAAUCGGUGCAGCACAAGAGUCUGAUGACGAUGGUAUGGAUAAUAUGGAUAUUAGGCCACCGUCAGUGGCAUCAAGUUGUGAACACGCUUCUGAAGCAAAUGAGGUUGAGAAAGAAGCCCAAAAAGAAGAAGGUAAUGAGGCUAUAGGUAAUUCGAAAGAAGAUGAAAAUCCUUUAGAUCAGUCAACCUUGCUACAAAAUGAGGAUGAGAGCUUUGCACUGGCACCAGUAGACGCUUCUGCCUACAAAGGUGUGACGAAAGCUAAGCGCAAACGUAAGCUCAUUGUCGAUGAAGUUAAAAACAUAUCAGGCGAAGAAAUGAAGGCACAAUUGGCAAACACAUCUGAUAUUGUGACGACGUUGGAUUUGGCCCCACCAACAAAGAGAUUGACAUACUGGAAGGAAACGGGUGGUGUGGAAAAACUUUUUUCACUACCCUCUAGAACUAUUCCAGCGCGGGCACUAUUCAUGAAUUAUCAUCGUCAUUUAGUUUCACAUGGUUCAGCGCUUGAAGACUUCUCCAUUCUGGGCCCAUCGGACUUAUUGGCUAUAGAGCAUAUACAAAAUGAAAAUGAUGCAAAUAUAAUUAAUAAUAAGCGUGGACGGAAACGGAAACAUGAUAUACAAGUGGUACAGCAGAACACUACGGAUGUUACAGCACAGAGUCUUACGGCUCCGGAGCCUGUGCGCGACCUCGAACAGAGUGCUGUACAAGCACAAUUUUCUUUGACAGACAAUUUGAUGCCACCUGCAGAGAGCUCGUUGUUCGACAACAUGCGGAGCCCCAGUCGUAUGCUAAGUAUGAAUGAUAUAAAUGUUAUUGACAAUUUAACUGCACUAAACGAUUUACCUCUAACGCCGGGUAAUAUUCAUCAUGGUAUCGAUGCAUCCGAUGAUUUCAAUCACGGGGACGCGACACCUACCGGACUUCAUCAUGGAUAUCAAACUCCGCAUCAUUCCGGUAUUGAAAACAUUGAGAAUCUACCCAACCUACCAGCCGAUCAAGUAUCAUCCAUACUGCAAGAAGCUGAAAAUAUGCCAAUUAUGCAACAAGAAGCGCAGACAAAUAAAACGCAACGCACAAGCGAUAUAUCUUCCGAUUGGAAUGACUAUGAUUUGCCACCACCACCUCCAAAUCCUGCCGAGGAGCAAUUGGAGAAUGAGACAGAUGAACAAUUUGAGGAACGCGUACUCAAUAAGAGAGCUGCGCAACUUUUCUACACGGUCAAAUCACGCUUACUCAAACAGGACUGCCUAAUAUUGUCAACAUUAACCGUAAACAAUACCAGAAAGCAGGCGGCACAGAAGUUUUACUCGCUACUUGUAUUGAAAAAGUUUCGAGCACUCAACAUUGCACAGUUACAGCCAUAUUCAGAUAUUGAAAUAUCCCGAGGACCAUUAUUUGAAAACCCGAAAUUAUAAAGCUUGAUAACAUUUAUUUUCAUUAUUAUUAUACAAAAUGUAACGAAUGCAUAUUCGAUUUUAAAUUGUAAUUUUCAGUAUGUAAAUAAUAAAUUAUUUUUAUA